UGUCCAUAGCUAAAUGGCAAAAAUGCUGUAGUGGAGGAACCAGUGGGAGUCUAUGCUCUGCAUGCUUGCCUCAGCUAUACCGAACAAGAAGUCCAUAUAUGAGGGGAGCCCUCCCCAUGGAGCUCCAAAAGGUGUUAGGAUGACUUUGAGACUGGAUCAUAUUAGUUGGACUCACCUUAUGUGGAAAGAUGCAGAUGUGCUGGUUUUCAACACUGGCCAUUGGUGGACUUAUGGGAAGACGGUGAGAGGUGGUUGUUAUUUCCAAGAAGGGAUGAACGUGAUGAUGGAUAUGGACAUUAGGACUGCUUUUCAGAGAUCAAUGGAAACAUUGGUGGAUUUUAUUGGUACUCAUGUAAAUACAACCAAGACCCAAGUUUACUUCCGAAGCUAUGCUCCUGUGCAUUUCAGAGGUGGAACGUGGAAAAGGGGGGGCCAUUGUCACCAGUUAAACCAGCCUGACUUUGGUCCGUUGCCUAAUAAAACUGAAGAGCAUGUUGACUUAGUCUCCGACGUGUUGUCCAAAUACUCAAACGGGAUGCAAGUGAUGAACUUUAUGAACGUGACAUCCAUGACAUAUCAAAGACAAGAUGGUCACACGUCUCUGUAUCAUUUUGGACCAGGGAAUGGACCAGGUCCUCUCCACCGCCAAGAUUGUAGCCACUGGUGCUUGCCUGGUGUCCCUGACUCGUGGAAUGAGCUUCUCUAUGCACUUUUUCUCAAGCGGGAGUCUAUCGAUCGAACAUAACGUUCUCAAGCCAAUGAUGGUAUACAAAGUUCAUUGAUUUACGAAAAUGUUACAAAAGUGUUAAGAUUAUAAGGAAAACGAUCACCUGUCCUGACCACGGUUUGACAUAUAUAGCUUCAUCAGCAUACAACAUUCUGCGGCAAAUUCAUACUUUUCCUUAGGCUUUGUCCACAGGUUUAGCUAAGAUUUAGUUCUCUUUUUGGCAGUGUAGAGAGGAUUAUAGGAAUCAUUUCUGAUUGUUGGAUUUCAUAUCUAAUAAUCUGAUAUCACCAUA